AAAACACUAAGCGCUUCUAAAUAUUCCAAAACUCAGUAGUGGCGAUUGUCCGAUAUAUGUACGAAAUAAUGUAACAUCACUCUAAUUUGAUACCAAGUAAAGUCACGUGGAACAAUUCAGCUCCCCGCCGUUAAUCCAGUCUUCAAAGACCUUGCGGCAAUGAACUCUUACUCUUCGUCAGGUUCGGCCAAUUAUGACGGAGGCGUCGAGUCAUCUUUCUCUAAUGCUCUGACACUAGGGGGAAGUCCAGCAGGACGCUCAGACGAAAGCACGAAGAUGGCCAAUGCAUGUGCACAGUGCCAUAGGCAAAAGCAGAAGUGCAAUAGAGAGCAGCCGUGUUCAAACUGCGUCCGGCGCAGUAUUCCCCAUCAAUGCGUCUCGUAUACGCGUCCAGAACGUCGCAAAUCUCGCACUGCUCGACAUGAUCCGUAUCAAGGUCAACCCGCAAGCUUGGCGGAAUCAGCUUCGAUAUCAUCUACUCCUGCACAGCAGCAAACCAUCUCAGGCCAUUUCAAAUCAAGAACAGCCAAGAUAGCAAAACGUCAGACUCUUGGUCGUCUCUUUAAGGCCAGAGGUGCUGCAUCUUAUCAUGGCGAUUUCUACUUUGGGCAUCAAUCUGCUGCUAGUAUGGUAGAAGCAACGACACAGGAAGUACCAAGUGGCAUCUACGUUGGCCACUCGCGUGGCAGCCGUAUCGGAGCCGCUCAACCUUUCCGGAACGAAAGAGGACCCUAUGCUCAGCUCUGGGAACUUAUUGGCAGUCUACCCCGCCAGAAAGCAACAGUUGAUCAUCUGACCGCGCGAUUCUUCAAGGAGCUCAACCCAACAUUUGACAGUGUGCACGAAGGGACAUUCAUGACUUCUUAUAACAAAUUCUGGGAUAGGAAAACCGGCUGUGAUGAUCUUACAAAUGUCGAUAUUCGGUGGCUUGCGGUCUUGUUUAUCAUCCUAGCUUUUGGAGAGCUACUUGACUGCCCUCAGCCGUGUUCCGCAGAGGCUCAACGAGAGUCCGAAGACUCAUCUCUACAUUUCUAUUGGGCUUCACGGAAGUCUCUUGUUAUUGCACCCUCCUUCUACGGAGAAAGCACAGAUCUGACAUGUGCUGGCAUUCUCAUCACUCGCUAUCUAGUGUAUGCGCGCAGGAUCUCGGAGAGCUGGCUAACAAUAAGCUUUGCGAUCCGUAUGGCGCAAGCACAGGGAAUGCAUGUUGAUGGCGACCAAUUAGAUCUCCCCCGCAAAGCCACCGAGACUCGCCGAAGAUUGUGGAGCCAACUAUACGAUUUAGACAGAUCGAUUGCCUUGGCUCUCGGCAGACCAUACGCCAUUAAUGACCGACAUUGCUUUAUGAAACAAGUCGAAAAUGUAUGGGUUGAUAACAUGACAGACGAAGAAGCAGAGAACGCAACAGCGCUAUCUCUUGAUACGCCCACACUAAGUGUUCUGAUACGUUUCCAGCACCAACUGGCCGUCAUCAUCGGCCAGAUCCAAGAACAAUCCUUCACCUUCUCUACCACACCACUUACCUCUUCCGCCUCCUAUGACGAAGUCCUGAAAUAUGACGAAGCCCUCCUCACCUGGAAAGACAGUCUCCCGCCAUACUUCCGCCUCGAGAAUACCGACCUAUCCCUCGACUUACUCCCCGCCUACAGCUUCAUCCCCUGGCACCGCCUAUACCUACAUACCGCCUUCCACUUUGCACGCAUCACGCUGCACCGCUCGUACCUCCUACGGCCCUCCAUCACUGAUCGUUUCCAAUACAGCCGCAACGCUUGCAUGUCAUCCGCGUGCGCAGACCUCAAGAUCAAACUUUCGUUCCGUUAUCCGGACAUGGCUAGCCGGUUGAAAUCUAACGUAGCCGCCCAUCAACUCUUCAAUAGCGCCUUGAUACUUGGGGUCAUUGUCGUGCGUGACCCGCAGGCACCCCAGACAGACGCGAUCUUAGAUGAUCUCCAGGCGUAUUGCGCGAAGCAGAACUCAGAUCCAUGGAUCAACGAGAUUGGCCUCGCGGAGAUCAGGGUUGUGGAGCUGUGCAUUUCGCGCGCAAGGCAGGCACGGAAUGAUACUGCUGCUGCAUCGCCAGCGGAGAAUGUCACGCCUGAUUUUAAUCCAGCUGUAACUUCCGAAGGUUAUAAUUCCUCAGCGGUUACAAACACGUCUCUAUCACAAGGGCUGCAGGGGAGUCAUGAGUUGUCGGCGUCACAGCAAAAUGCUAUGGGAGAGACCUUUCCGUACGCGUUUCAGAACCCAACAGGGCUACAGGAUCCAUGGUCAGAUUUCUGGUCGAAUCCAGCCUAUUUCUUUCCCGAGGCUAUGGAUUAUCAGAUUUGGGAGGGGCUCGUGGAUGAUCUCGCGGCUGUAAAUUAGAUUACUAUUUUGAGCAUAAUUAUAUACCUAUGGGA